AGGGGCGGCAGGGGAAGGGGCGGCGGUGAGGCAUGGUGGCUUGGUGGCGCAGAACUGGGACGGCCUGCUUUGGAAGUACCGUACAGGUUGGAAGUACAGCAAGUAAAGAUUUGCGGCAAGGCCAUUGCGUCACGUUUGGCUGUUUAGGGCAGGCGGGUUUAGUUACGGUAGCUAGGGUUUUGCUUUGAUAUGGCUUAUGGGUGUGAUGGGGCUCUUGAGGUUGGAGAUGGAAUCUACUUGCACCCGGGCCCUCUUUUGGUGAUGGCAAAGGCGCGCUGUCGGGAACAACAGCAGCCGCAGCUGGGCGACCCACAUCCAUCGAUCCAUGCGCUAUGUGGGUUCGUGGUUCGUGUGCUGCUGCUGCUUGUGUCGGAGCGGUGUUUCGCAUGGGUGUUGCCUGCAACGUGGGCACCUGCAGGUGCAGGUUGUCAGCACCGGGCACGACCCUCGACACGGGGACAACUGUGUAACGGAAAAGCUAUUCGUGACUUACGUGGUGUGGUGGUGUGGAUGUGGCUGUCGUCGUUGCGGGAUGCGAGUGUUUGCUUGAUGCUACCGGUGCUACUGGUAACGUAAUGAGAGGCAUUGCGCACAGCCCAUGUCCGCCCGUGCCGUGGCCCUGCAAUGUGGCAAUGCAACUUUGGACAACCCAGGCUGCCUCAUGAGCUCAUGAUGGUAGCGCAACAUAGCUGUGGCACGAAGCUGUAGCACUGGGUAGUGGGUUAUUGUAGCAAUUACACUAUAGCUAGAUGGCAGGUUGGGGGCCGGCGAGCAGUGGGCGAUCGCAGCACACGGGCCUCUACACGUCAGGCCGCCGCCUCCGUCGCCUUGCGCCACACGUAGCGCGUCACGGCGCCCAGGCCCGCAUGCAACCGCCCCUCCUGCAUGUACGGCGUACGGCAACAGCAGUACAUGCGUACGGCAUACCAGGA